UUUAGAGCAGCGUCACACGCGUGAAUUGGCGGAUAGAUUGACUAUUGGAUAAAUCAUUGAGGGAAAAUGAUGGCGAAGAAAAAGUUCAUUGUCGUGUGCACAGUUUUGUUUAGUUUAGCUACGGUAUCAGCCUUCGUUGAAGAGCUCGAUGACACGUUUAAACACACAAGAAAGCCUGACGAGAUAUGGUUGAUAGGAUUCUACGCACCCUGGUGUACCUAUUGCAAGCAGUUGGACCCAGUGUGGUAUGAAAUCGGGGCGGAGCUGAAAAAUAUAGGAUCUCCAGUCAACGUGGGCAAGGUCGACGCAGACAUCCACACCAGUUUCGCAAAAGAGUUUCGAGUUACUGACUAUCCCGCUAUAAAGUUGUUGAAGGAUGACUUGAAAUACACCUACAGAGGUCCUAGAACCAAAGAUGGCAUCUUGGAGUUUGCAGACAGAGUAUCUGGACCUCUGGUGAGAUCACUGCCAAGCCAGCAGGUGUUUCAGAAUGUUAUGAGUAGACAUGACGUUCUCUUUGUCUACUUUGGUGGGCCGUCGGACUUGAAGGAGAAGUACAUAUCUGUAGCCAAGGAAAUGAUUGUUCAUACUUACUUCUUCUCUGCUGCAAGGAACAUUUUACCCAAGACGGUUACUCUCGAGGAAUACCCGGCUGUGGCAGUGUUCAAGGAUGGCACUUACUUCCUUUAUGAUGAACAACAGGGUGGGGACCUCACGUCGUGGAUCAAUAGAGAACGAUUCCUCAAUUACCUCCAGAUUGACAGCUACACCUUGUAUGCAAUGGGAGAUACAGACAAGCUGGUGGUUCUGGCUGUAGUGGAGGAGAAAACCCCUACUAAGGAGAGUAUCCGUUACAAGACCAUGGUGAAAAGAGUGGCCAGUGAAUACAAGGACUUCUAUAGCAAAGAAUUCCAUUUUGGACAUAUGGAAGGAAACGAGUACAUCAAUGGCCUCAUAAUGGAGGAAGUGUCCAUGCCCUUUAUCAUCGUGCUCAACUUGUCUAACGAUGGAUAUUUCUUGCCGCCCAACAAAGUAGAGACAAAGGACCAGCUGUUGAAGUUCAUCGAUGGCGUGUUGAAGGGCCGGAUUAAGUCCCGGGGGGGGAAUGGAUUCUAUUACCGCUUUAUAAGGAUGGCGUUCAACACCAAAACGACUGUUACGAUUAUAUUUACCAAAGCACCCCUUCUGGGCAUCUUCCUCGUCUUUGUUUUUGGCUUUGUGGGGAGUACCUUCUGUUACGUCCUGUACAAGACCUGCCAUAUGGUGAGAUCAGGAAUGAAGGAUGAGGAACCAAUCACUGGAGAGAGGGAGGAACCAAAGCAACUCAAAGGUUCCGGGAGAGACAAGAAGACGAAAAUGAAAAAAAGUGCAGAAAAGAAGUUAGAUUAAGUAUGAAAACGGACAGCUGACCUUCUGACCUUUUUCUAUUGAGCUGCCCUCUUGGCCAGGUUUCCCUAAUAAAAUAGGUAUUCUGACCUGAAAGGGACUUCCUGGAUAAAUAAAGAUGACAUCUAAAUAAGUAUUCUACUGAUGAGUGACCGAAUCAGUGGGUUCAGAGGAAAGAAUUCUUAUCGGAAAUUCUUUCAAAAGCGAACUAUUCCCCCUUCUCUCAGAUGUGCUUGUUUCCAACAAAAAAUAGCAUCAGUAAUUGUCUGAUACGAGUGAUGACUGGUCACCUCCAACGCUUGGAAGAACACUUUGGGAUCUACUUCCCAAUCUGUUUAACUGUGAUCCUGGCUCAGUUGACGUGUCAGUAAGUGAAAUUGAACAGCUGAUCGAGCUGUCAUGUGACCGAAUACUGCAGACAACGCAUGCACAGGUCACUACGGAGGAGUUUUGGUUCCUGACUCAAAGGGAAUACCCUGCUGUCUCCAUCUGAGCAUUAAUGCCACAUUCAAAACACCUGGGAACUCGUAAAUCUCAGAAUUCCGACUUCAGUGCGUUCACGAUAACUGGGAACUUAUGAAAAAAAACUAGCUCCGACUGGGGAAAAAAUAGUUUUGAACGGUCAGUCAACUCGGAAUUCCAACUUGGGAUCUCGGGCCUCUUUCUAAAGCUCUGACUUUCCGACCUAAAGAUCACUAACGUCAUGAUUUGACCUCGUAUUUUUCAGAGUUCCCCAGUUGUCUUGAAAGCACCAUAAAACUCAUGGCACCUUUCGCCAGCUCAUAGCUGUGGGAAGCUAGGUCCAGUGCUCUCGUCUACAUUAAAACCAAAUAUCGAUCCAGGUUGGAUGUGACAGCAGAGAUGAGGUGCGCACUGUCGACCACGCCCCCUGACUUUGAGAAACUCUGACGAGACAUGCAAUCAAACACACCCAUCUCAUUAGUGGUGGUGAGAUAAGAUACAUUAUGUCAGAGUCAUUUGCAAUUGACUGUCAUAGCCCCACAUUAACAGUAGGCCUACGAUGUGAUGGUGAGUUGAGAAGAUAAUCAGAAAUACUGUUAGAAUGUUUUCUAAUUGACUGUCAUAACUCCAAAUAAGAAAGUAAACAUUGGCUGUUCAUUCAGAAUUGUUUUCACAUGGUUGGCGUUGUGAGAAUUUUCAGAUAUCAAAAUGGGGUUUGUGGCCCAAAAACGUUUAGGAACCCCUGUUAUAGCCCUUGUAGAUCUAAGAGAAUUGGCUAGGUUUAAGCCAGGGAUGGGCAACUUUGAUGGGGGGUGGGGGCAACAAAAAAAUCUGAGCUCAUCAUGAGGGGUCGCAGUUGGUUGCGGGUUUGCGUACCACCCCCCACAUUACGAGCAAAACAAUUUAGUGGCCCCCUCUUGACAGUGGAAAUAAUGUAUUUACGUUUUAGAGUACAAUUUGAGCAAUGCUACACCUUUUGCCAUGGGGUGUAGAGAAAAUGUUGCAGUUUAAAGCAAGUUUUAUACAAUUCUACACAUUUUGCCAUGUGGCGGAAAGAAGAUUUAGCAAUUUUCAAAAAAAUCCCAUGCAAUUCUACUCAUUUUGCCAUGGUGCGGAGAGGAACAUGUGCUUUUUACAGCUCAUUUCCUGCAAUUCUACACAUUUUGCCAUAGGGUGUAGAGAAAUAUUUUCAGUUUUUAAUAUGAUAUCUGAGUGAGACAUCCUAACAAAAUAAACGGAGGCUCCACAGCUGGUAUUUCAACCAUGGUAACAAUUUUAGAUAGCUGGCCGCUAAAGUAACUUACUGUGCAAUCUAAUUGAUUGACUAUCAGUGAUUGAAAACUGAUGAUGCACAACCAAAUUUAGAAAUUACACCUUGUGUAUUAUACUAUUCUAACUCGCAACAGGAAGUUGAGACCCUGACUGAGACCCCCCCCCCCCCCUAAAAAUAAAUAAUAGAAAAAUAAAAUCCAGUAACAUGCAAAAGAGGGGCGGCACGUGGGCUGCCAGUUGCCCAUCCCUGGUUUAAGCAAUAUUGUAAUGACUUGAAUUGCCUUCUGAUAGGCUGGGUGGUGUGCCUAGGGAGUGCCUAGGGGAGGAGGUUAAUUCGUGAUUCAGGUUGAGUGGUUACCUUAGUAUGUUCAGCGGUACUUUAUUUCAGGGGCGCAACUUUCAUUGGGGACAGGGGGACAUGUCCCCCCCACAUUCUGAAAUGAAACAUUAUAUACAGUUGAAGUCGUAAGUUUACAUACAUUUAGGUUGGAGUCAUUAAAACUAGUUUUUAAACCACUCCACAAAUGUCUUGUUAACAAACUAUAGUUUUGGCAAGUCGGUUAGGACAUCUACUUUGUGCAUGACACAAGUAAUUUUUCACAAGUAAUGUAUAUAUAUCUAUUAUUAUUGUUAUUAUUUUUUAUUAUUAUUAUUUUUUAUCUAUAUGUGUCAGGCCACCCAAGUGGCGCAGCGGUCUAAGGCACUGCAUCUCAGUGCAAAAGGCGUCACUGCAAUACCUGGUUUGAUUCCAGGCUGCAUCACAUCUGGUCGUGACUAGACGUCCCAUAGUGCAGCGCAAAAUUGGCCCAGGGUAGGACAUCAUUGUAAAUUAGGAUGUGUUCUUAACUGACUUGCCUGUUUAAAUUUAAAAAAUCAAUUACAACAAAAAGUAUUUUGAAUGUGAUAGAAAACAAGGCAACAGUGUACUUCAGGACCAUGCGGAUGCCUCCAAGUGGUCGGGUAGGCUGUCCAGUCUGUUUAUCCGACUGGAUAUUUUUUUUAAAUUAUAUAUAUAUAUGUCCCCCCCACUUCUAAAACCAAAGUUGCGCCCCUUCUUUAAUUUCUACAUCAUGGAUCCUUUUCUGAUAAAUUAUUGGGGUUUUGCCCCUUCACUACAAACUCUUUUAUUUGUUUCAUUUUAUAUCUUAUAAAUGUUUUCUUAAAAAAAUAUAUAUUAUUAAUAUCAAUUCAGUUUUGUAGAAGAGAAUUUGUAGGGAUGUAUGUAUGUAUUUAUGUAAACUGGAAUUUUCCUCACAGCGAGUUACAACCAGGAGGGGUUUACAGUUGAAAUGUUCUUAUUGGUUCUACUAUGGUGUUAUUGUUUUAGGAUCAUCAUUAAAGCGCUGUGAAACACUGUAUGAAUGUAUCUACAGCAGUAACACUUCUGACUUUCUAUACCUCGACAUUCCCUGAACACGAAUUUGACGAGAUAUUGAACCUUUGAUAAUUUUUAAACAAUUUUUGUUUUUAAAAGUGUCAUUCAUCCUUCCAUCCAACAUUCACUCAUCCUUCCAUCCAACAUUCAUUCAUCCUUCUAUUCAACAUUCACUCAUCCUUCCAUUCAACAUUCAUUCAUCCUUCCAUUCAACAUUCACUCAUCCUUCCAACCAACAUUCACUCAUCCUUCCAACCAACAUUCAUUCAUCCUUCCAUCCAACAUUCACUCAUCCUUCCAUCCAACAUUCACUCAUCCUUCCAUCCAACAUUCACUCAUCCUUCCAUCAAACAUUCACUCAUCUUUCCAUCCAACAUUCGUUCAUCCUUCCAUUCAACAUUCACUCAUCCUUCCAUCCAACAUUCAUUCAUCCUUCCAUUUAACCACUUCAUCUUCUUUCAUUGAACGUUGUGGUUUGUGUAUCUCAGGUCAGAAUGUGGCCCUUCAUGUACUGACUGUACAGGGACCUCCUCAGUGUGUUUUCCUCUGAUCUAAGGGAUCUAAUUUAUAAUGUCUCAGAAUGUAUCUUGUUGCAAUAAACACUUAAAGAAAACAUUACUGAUUCCUGGGAUUAUUUUACA